AUGUCAAUUAAUACUCAGGAGAUAGAUCUAUCAGCUGGGCCUGCAGAAAAUAUCAUUGAUGAAUUUCUUAAUAUAAAGAAUAAAGAUGACGUUAUUUUAGAAUAUACAGCACCAGAGCAAUUCAAAACAGAUAUCACUACAUUAGAAGAACAUUCAAUAACACAUGUUGCUGAGGAAUGUAAUAACGAUAAUAUAUGUCAAGAAACUAUACCAAGCAUAACUGAAACGUUAACGAAAUUCAACAAUGACAUUUUAGAAACUAGUGGUAAGAAAGGGGCGUCUGAUAUAUAUUUGGAGGAAAAUAAAUAUAACAUUGAUGAAGAGUUACUGGUUAUUAAGAGUUCUUUAGAAAAACUUUCAAUGAAAAAUGAUGACAAUUCUAAAGAAUCUCUGAUAUCUGAUCUAAUGAAAAUGCACAACAACAUAUCCUCUCAAAGGAAGUCCAAGAUUGAAAGUAUCAAGAAUAAGAUGUUCAAAGAAACACAAGAUUCUGGUCAGGAAAAUAUUAGGGAAGCUUUACCUUUACCGAAUAUUAGAUUCUCUAUAAACGAAAUUGAAGAUUUCUUAAAACUUGAGAAAAGAAUUGCAGAUCUUGAAAAAAACCUUGGUCCAAAGGAUAAACUUCCUGAAAGAUCAAUAACAUCAUCUGUAAACUCCUUAUACACAAGAUUGAAAAUUAUAUCUGCCAGUUCUGAUGAGCUCAAUGAAUUCCAUAUGAAAUUACAAGAAAUUAGCACAGAAUAUGAGGACUCACUAUUAGGCAAACAAUCAAGGAUAAACAACACUAUAAAAGGGUUUUCUAAAGAAAGAGUAAUUGACUUAGAAACAAAAGUUUCGGAACUUUAUAAAAGUAACAGUAUAUUGGAGAAUUAUGCAGAAGGUAUUUCGAAGUUAUCUUCACGUAUACGACAUAUUAGCCAGAUAGAUACUAAUAUCAAAUAUAGCGUUGAUUCAUUGAAUGAAAUAAACCAAACAUUGAGCGAAUUACAUGAUAGAAGCAGUCAAUGGGAAAUUCUAUUGCAAAAAGUAGAGGAUGGACUAUUGAAGCAGGAAAUAGGAACAAGGAAAAAUUUAGAUCAGGUUGGUUCAAGGUUAACAGCAUUAGAGAAUAGCUUACAGGGUUUGAAAAAGGACAUCACAACAAACUAG